AUUGUUAUUAUGCUUUUUAAAAAAUUUGAUAACUUUCAGCAUGCUUUAUAGCACUAUCUGGAAGUAUGACUUUCCAUUUAAUUCCAAACUUAUAAAUGUAUAGUCUGCUAGCAUUUCCAGGUUGCAAAUUAGGUUUUUUAUUUUUCCUAGGCUGUCCAAUUUUUUAAUGUUAUUUAUUUUGGACACCGUUUAGUGUUUGUUUCCCUAAUAUAAACAGUUAAAAUUAUUUCUGAAUUUUGAUUCAUUCUCAUUUUUCUAUAGUUCCGGUGUAUUUCAGUUUACCUGGUGUGUAAUUUGUAUUGCAAAACCAAAUACUGUCAAAUACCAUCAUACCGUCAACAAUAUGGAAAAUAUCAUAUGAUAUUUUGGCCACGUCGCCAGCCCUUCUCAAAGGGAACAGCAGAUAAUGGCGGACGUUCUCUGCUCUCUUUACCUUCCUGGUUUUUUAUGUUUGGAUCAUGCGCCGUCUUGUUUAAGAAAUUUGAUACUGGGCUUGCUGGUCCUGGUACCCUUACAAGGCAGUACUGUCAGAGCAGAAACUGUUUUGAGCUUUUGCGCCCCCUUCUGACUUUCUCUGCAAAGUGCACUCUGAUUUUGCUUCUUCCUUGUGAAGCUGUUUUUGUUUUGGUCUAAGGAACCUGUUAGUUAUCCUGUUAGUUAAUUUAUGCCAUUCACACUGCAUGAGGUGGAUUUCUGUGUUUGGGAUUGCCUCAGUCCCGGUGUGAUGGAAACGCUGCAGGAUCAUGAGUCUGUGGUUUACAGUGAGGAAAUGGUGUGUGCCCCCGUAAAGUGACACGAGCACAAAGUCCAGGACGGAACACUGGAGACAGAGGCAGUGAGGUCUAGGGAACCAUUGCACACUGUGAUGCAAGUGUGCAAUGGUUCUAUACCCCUGGUCCUUGGAGUACUCCUAUGUAUGCUGAUUUCCAUUUGUUUUGUCCUUGAAUUCUUCACUUUUCACAUAUGGUUUUGUUUCCAGUACCAGGUGUUCAAAAGUUCAACAAUGAGGUCAUUUAGGCCUUAUUCACCUGUAGGUGAAUGAAUGAAUUACAUUACAUGCAUCCAAAUAAAAUGAGAGCUCUUCUGAAAGGAAUCAUUUGCCAUGGCAGCUUGCUGAAAAUGAAAGCAUUUGUUAUCUGAGACUUGAUCUGACUGAGUAAAAGCCCUUAAAUGAAUAUGGAAUGUUCAUUCGUUGUAAUGUAUCUGUGAAUCCUAAGAAAUUGAUUCUUAGGGAAUUACAAGUAGGGCUUGAACAAAAACCAGCAUACACUGGGGUUUUCCAGGUCCUAGGGUGAGACGCACUGUACCAUGGUCUUCCCAAGUACUGUUCCACUGGUCUAACCGAUGGGUCCAUGUGCAUUGUUCUCUUCCUCUCUCCUGUUUAUUUUUUUUCCUUCCUUCCCCCUUCUUCCAGGUGGGGGGAGAGACUCGGGGCGGCUGGGUGUGUGGCCACGUUGCUUCACGAUGCCGUCAUGAAUCCAGCUGAAGUGGUGAAGCAGAGGAUGCAGAUGUACAACUCCCCGUACCGCAGCGUUUUAGACUGUAUUGGCGCCAUCUGGCGCAAGGAGGGCGCCGGGGCCUUCUACCGCAGCUACACCACCCAGCUGACCAUGAACGUGCCCUUCCAGGCCCUGCACUUUAUGACCUACGAGUACCUGCAGGAGGCGCUCAACCCCCAGAGACAGUACAACCCAUCCUCGCACGUGGUUUCGGGGGCGCUGGCGGGGGCCAUCGCGGCGGCGGCCACCACCCCGCUGGACGUCUGCAAGACCCUCCUGAACACGCAGGAGUCCCUGGCGCUGCACUCGCUCAACUCCGGCGGGAGUAUCUCAGGCCUGGCCCACGCCUUCCGGACGGUCUACAGGCUGGGCGGCCUGCCCGCCUACUUCAAGGGCGUCCAGGCGCGCAUCAUCUACCAGAUGCCCUCCACCGCCAUUAGCUGGUCGGUCUACGAGUUCUUCAAAUACGUCAUCACCAAGCACCAGCACGAGAAGAGGAGGCGGGAUUAGGAAUGGGGUGAAAUAGCUCCUCCCCUGACCGACACCUUAGCCCCACCCUGCCCCGGGCGUCCCAGCUGCCACGGAGAGGCUGCUGUAUGGUAGCCGAGGCAACCAAGACGUUUUUCAGGACUGAAUACAAUAAUCCACUAAACGCACAAAGUCCUCAAAAUCCUUCCUUAUUACUCCUUAUCAGACAAAGUCGAUACGAGAGAGCUCUGUACAUGAUUUAGCAAACGAAGAAGCAUAAUUAUUACAAGGUAUAUUUAAUCGCAGUAUUUUUUUUAGAAUUUAGCUUGAGGCAUCAUCAGCCUCUGCACUUUUUUACUCCAAAGUCCACUGUAAAGAUUGUAGCAUUUCCCCUGUCUGCCACCCAGAGGCGCUGUGAUUCUCUCUGGCAGAUAGAAGCUCUCUAAGCGAAAUGUAGAAAUAAAGUGUGUCAGACCGCAAAUUGUUAGGGAACAGAUCACUUUCUGAGCUUUAACUUGAUGUUGUAGUGUGGCCACUUGAAGAUUCCUAGCUGCUAAGAUGCAUCAGGAGAAAGGUAUACACAUUGUUCUUGCCAUUUACAUUCUAAAUCAGGAAUUAUGUUGCACUUAAGAGGUUGAAUAUGCAUUUGUGAAUGAGUUUUUGAUUCCUCUUUUAAAAUUAAAUUGAACAUUUUUAUAUAAGUUAUUGGCAUAUAACUUAAUUUAUUGGAUUGUUUGGAAUUCAGGUGUCAACAGUGCAGUAUAUUUCUUUUAUGGGAUUACACAAUAGCACUGAAUGGGACAGUAAGAAAAAUACAUUCAUUUUUAUGUAAUUAUACUACAUAUUUUCACCCCUCUGUAACAAAAAAAUCUGUUAACUGAAUAGCCAAACUAGGAGAAAGUGUUACACUGCGAUGCUGCACUGAAGUGACUUGUAAUCACAUGUAAUCAGGCAGGAAGGCUCUCUGACAGCAGUACUGACAGGUGACCUGUUGAGUCAAGUUGUAGCCACUGCUUUGUUGAGCUUGCAACGUUAGUAUUACAGAGGCAAUGCCUUACUGUACCUCUGCCCUUGCCUGACCACUGUACUAGCUGCAGAGAUGUGUGCUUCACAAAGCUACAGUUUUUUUUUCUUAAACAUUGUUCACAUAGGCAUAUUAAAAUUUAAUUGCUCUCAGUGUGCAAGGUAGAACUGAGAAAGGUAAAGGCGAACGUCAUCCAAACAAUCCAUUUUUGAUAGUAAAUUGAUCACAAGUAUAAUGAAAGAAUAUGGCCAGUUUUAGCACGCUAAUCCUCUAAAUAUCCAUGUCUUAUGUGUGAUGCAUUUUUUUUUUAUCAUUGGAAAGCCUGGUGUAGCAGCCAUGCCAGUUUUCAGUGUAGCUGAGGCAUGUUUCUGUUGUAGGAACUGGAGUGAAAGGUAUCUAUAGAACCACAAUUUAACAUAUAAAAUUUUUACAUUGCUACAGUGGAGGAAUUGGUCAAAUACAAUAACAUCAGAUUACGGUGCAGUUACCUUGUAUAUAUUAAGUAUCAAUGAGGAAAGUCAAAAUUUUCUACAAUUUAUUUUACUACAUUUUAAAUUUAUUCUCAGAAAUGGACCCCUUGGUUUAUCAGCAAUGGGGCUGAUGUGUGAAAUUUUAUUCACUGCAAAUGUUGGGGCAGAUGACAUGUAUGGCAGUACUGCUGUCAGACCAGACCAAAUAUAGCUUCUGUGGAUGUGUGGAUGUUCUGCUCAUCUGCCAGUGGAGGCAGUGUUAUAGCCUGGGAGCAUCAGGUUAUGAGGUUAGUAUCUUUGAGUGUAGAGGCUGCUGUCAUUGUUUAUGUCAUCGGAAAUAUUUCAAAUAUGUCUGCGUUGUCCUGGGCUGAACCACCUUCUUGUUGAUUAUGAAUGGACUUGCUCAUAUUGAUUCUUGUCUGACUGCCCUUAAACCCUUGUCAGCUCUCAAUAAAGUGAGCAGUAAAUUUGUGAAAGCUGCUUGCUCAAUCUGGGA